GACAUUUGAGGCAUUAUUAGUUAUUACUCGUGGCUCUCGGAUCGUUUAUGUCGUCGGUUUAUAGGCCGUUUAAACAAAAAAUGGAAUCGUCUUCCUUUGCAAUUACUCGACUGAGUCCGACUCGGUCUCUGUUUGAUUCCAUCAUUUGACUCGGUGAGUCCACACGCCCUCUCUUCUUCCUUCUCGAAAUUAUUAACGUCGUCAAACCAACCCGCUCAGUUUGUCAACAAACAUAUUUCUCAAUCCGUGUGUGCCCUUUUCCGUCAUUUCACACCCUCCCUCAGCAAUUACACACUGCUCAUCAUCUUCUUCCUCAUACACGCAUAUAUAGACACACAUAUUUAUAUCUGUGUAUUGUUAUCGAUGAUUCGGCUUCUCCAAACCCUAGCUUUCCCCGAGGUUGAUAUUUGAUUGACAAGUGGUGAUUUGUUAUGUUGAAUGGUGAUUGAGAAACGUAAAGUAAACGGUUUAGGAUUUGAUUCCGAGAUGUCCUCUAAGAGUAGGGAGAGUAUGUCGACUGAUGAAGAUGAGUUUUUGGAUGAUGUUUUUUCGGAUGAGGAGGAUGACGAUGAUGAUGAAUUUAAUGAUUGUGAUUCUGGCGCGGGGUCUUUGUUAGAAUUGGGGGAAACUGGAGCAGAGUAUGUACAAGUUGGGGAUCAGACUUGUAGUAUUCCGUUGGAGUUGUAUGAUCUUUCCAGGUUUGGUGAUAUUCUGUCUAUGGAUGUGUGGAAUGAUGUUUUGACAGAGGAAGAAAGGUUUGAUCUGACAAAGUAUCUACCGGAUAUGGAUCAAGAGAUGUUUAUGCGGACAUUGAAGGAGCUGUUUACAGGUUGUAAUAUGCAUUUUGGUAAUCCCGUUGAUAAGCUUUUUAAAUUGUUUAAAGGUGGGCUAUGUGAACCACGGGUCGCGCUUUAUAGGCAGGGUUCGAUUUUCUUUCAGAACUGCAACCAUUAUCAUCAUCUGCAGAAGUAUCAGAACUCGAUGGUCACUAAUUUUCAUCAGAUAAAGGAUGCUUGGGCGAAUUGCAAGGGAUACAGCAUUGAAGAGAAGAUCCGAGUGUUGAAUAUUAUGGAAAGUCAAAAGAGCUUAAUGCAUGAAGAUAUGGAAGACUUGGACACUGACUCAGAAAGGGAAGAAUCGGUAGAUGGCAUGUGGAAUAGGAGGCUGAUGAACCAGAAAGUAGGACAGAAAAUAAGUCAUUAUUCUGAGGAAAAGCUGAGUUCAGCCUUUGGUUACUCUUCUCGAGAGAAGCAGGUGGCACUUGAUACAGCACAUUAUGAAAGGCAAAAUCCAAAAGGGACCUUGAAAGUAACUGGGUCAAAGAAAUCUGCAUCAAAAGAAUCAGCAGGUUGUUACUCUGCUGGUCGUCAGGGCAUGAAAAUGAAGUCAAGCCCUUAUGGUCUUGCAUCAAUUUCUUCAAGAUAUGACAUGGCAUCUGGAAACAAUUCACACGCUGCUGUCAGAAUGAGAAAUCGGGUACCAGAUGAUAAUACUGACGGAGAAGCAUUGUAUAAAGUUGCUGUCCAGAGCAAUCGGAGUUUCCCAAACACUAGUCGGAAGGAUGAUCCUGCUAACUCUAAAGUUUUAGAGAAGUAUGAAAAUUACAGGGGUGAGAAAUAUUCUGAUAUCUUCACAGGCUUACCUUUGUCUUCAAAAAAGGAUUUUUCUGCCUACAAUAGGAACAGAACUGUGAAUCAGUUAUCAGAUAUUGAGUUGUUAACAGCAAAUCCAUCUAAAUCUGUGUUUUCUCAUGAAUACGUCAACAAUCUUGAAUCCCCUGAUAACAUGCAGCACUUAAAUGUUGGGCAGAGAGUGAAGUUUGAGAAAGGGCACUCUUCAAAUUUAUCGUUGAAAGGAAAUCGCGCUGAGUUAUCAGAUAGAGGUUAUCCCUUUCGGCAUGGGACAGCUGAAGACGAGCAUUUCUCAACUGAUUUAUCACCUACUUAUGGUGAUUUAAAUGUUAAAAGCAAGUCCAAGUUUGAAAAGAACUCUCCUGAUAUUAAAGUGAAUGAUAGAUCUGGUUCAGGGUAUAGAGAGAAUUCAAAACAUGAGAACAGGGGCGCGAUAGCUAAUCAGGAUGGACGACGAGUUGUGCCAAAUGUAAAGCGCCGAAAAACUUUCACUUCAGAUUCAGACUCAUCUGAGCAAUAUGAGGAUGAUAAUCCUUUGAUGAGGAGCAAGUGGGCUUAUCCCGGUGGUGCCUCAGGUAUGAAAUCUGUUUCAUUUCCUAAGCAGGCUAAAUUUGUCAAAGGGGAUGAAAAGAUUGAUGGAUGUGGUGAUGAAAUUUCCAACAUCCAGAAGAAGAUGGGUUUCCAUGGUACACAUUCAUAUAUUUCAGAAGACAAUUUCAGCAUGAAAGCAAAACAAAAGAAUAAGAUGGAUGAUAUUGGCAGAAAUUUUCCUGGACCAGGUAGGAUGACUGGUUAUAAUUACGAUGAUGAUUGGGGAGAGUGGUCCAAGUUUGGUAGGAAUGGUCAUGUACAAAAUGAACAGAGCGAAAGGAUUUUAAUGGCAUCCGUGCCUCCUUACAAUGUUGGCAGGAUGGAGAAAAUAGAGACCAUGCAUGGCUACUCAAUGGCUGACAAUGAAGAUGAUUCACUUAAAAGUAUAUUGGCAAAGCAUAACAACACUUCUGGUAAGAUGCAAAAUAAAGGUAAAGAUAUUGGAGCAAGGGACCGACAUUUUGAAAGAUCUGACAUGCAGUUAUUAGAAUGCAAUUCUUCGAUGAAAAAGCGGAAAGUUAAGGAUGAUAUGAUGAUAAACGUAACUGAGCCAAAUGAAAUUGGUACUCCUGAAAAAGGAGUUUCUGAUCUAUCUUCUACUGUAGUGUUAGCUGGAGAAGAUGUCGAAAGCAAAUCAGUGAAGAAGCAAUUUACAUUGAUUACUCCUACUGUUGAUGCUGAAUUUUCGUUCUCAAUCAUUCAUCUUCUGUCAGCUGUUCGCAUGGCAAUGACAACCAUACUUCCUGAUGAUCCCGUGGACAUGGGAAAGCAUAAUGGCAACAAUAAUGGAGUGCUGAAAGAUGAUGAUGAGGAGAGUAAGCAGGAGGGCAUUGGUGGGGAACUAUCUCACCUAAACAGGGAUAUAAUGAACACUGAGCGAACAACCGAGCUGAAUCUUCCAUCUCUUACUGUUCAGGAUAUUGUUAACCGUGUAAAAUCAAAUCCAGGAGAUCCUUGUAUUCUUGAGACUCAAGAGCCACUUCAGGAUUUGGUCAUAGGUGUUCUUAAAUUAUUAUCAUCUAAAUCACCUCCUUUAGGAGCAAAAGGUUGGAAAGCAGUCUUGAAAUAUGAAAAAUCUACAAAAUCCUGGUCCUGGAUUGGUCCACGGAGUCCUUCAGAUCAGGAAACUACCGAGGAGGUGACAUCUCCUGAAGCUUGGGGUCUCCCACGGAAAAUGCUAGUUAAGCUAGUCGACUCAUUUGCAAAUUGGUUGGAAAGUAGUCAAGAGACCCUCCGACUAAUUGGAAGUCUUCCUGCCCCUCCGUUGACAUUAAUGCAGCUUAACAUUGAUGAGAAAGAAAGGUUUAAGGACUUGAGAGCUCAGAAGAGUCUAAACACCAUAAGCCAAAGCUGUGACGAGGUAAGAAGUUAUUUUCGCAAGGAGGAAGUUCUCAGAUACGCAAUACCUGACAGGGCCUUCUGCUACACUGCUGCUGAUGGUAAAAAAUCCUUUGUAGCUCCCUUAAGAAGGUGUGGUGGUAAACUAACAUCAAAAGCCCGAGAGCACUUUUUGUUGAAGCAGGAUCGCCCGCCGCAUGUUACAAUUCUUUGCCUUGUCAGAGAUGCAGCUGCUAGGUUGCCUGGAAGUAUUGGAACAAGGGCUGAUGUCUGUACUUUAAUUAGAGAUUCCCAGUAUGUAGUGGAAGAUGUCUCUGAUGCACAAGUCAAUCAAGUUGUUAGUGGGGCCUUGGAUCGUCUGCAUUAUGAACGUGAUCCUUGUGUUCAAUUUGAUGGUGAGAGGAAAUUAUGGAUGUAUUUGCAUAGAGACAGAGAAGAGGAAGAUUUUGAGGAUGAUGGGACGUCAUCUACUAAAAAGUGGAAGAGGCCAAAAAAAGAAGCUCCUGACUCAUCUGAACGGGGAUUGGUGACUGUGGCUAAUAAUGCGAGUAUAGAAGGGGGCCAAACUCAGAUUGAACCAAGCUCUAAUCUUAUUGUUGACUCUACAUGCAUGGAUGAAGAUAAAAGGGUGGAUCAUCUGUAUUAUAAUGAUGGGCAGAAUGAAGUCAACCUUGAGGGUCUUGACCAGCCUGGGAUACAUUAUAGCUCUGAUCUUAUUGUUGACCCUUCCGGCAUGGUUGACCAUAAAAUGGUAGAUCAUUUGCAUUAUGAUGAUAGACAUAUGGAAGUCAACAUUGGGGGUCUUGGCCUAAUUGGGAUUCGUUCAGGCUCUGGUCUUAAUGUUGAUACUUCAUGUAUGGAUGAUGGUAGAAGGGUGGAUCAUUUGCAGUAUAGUGAUAAACAUAUGGAAGUUAGCAUUGAGUGUCUUGACCAAACUGGGAUUCAUUUAAGCUCUGAAGUUCGUGUUGACCCUUUAUGCAUAGCUGAUAAUAAAAGAAUGGAUCAUUUGAAUUACAAUGAUAGAGAAAUGGAAGUUAACAUUGAUGGUCUCGAAUCUAAGCAAGGGAUCAUGGACCAAGGUCCUCCAAUGGUGUGGCAGGCUCAUGGCUUAAAUUCCAUCCAGGAGAACAGCUUGUUAUGCAUAGAAAAUUCCAGACCCGGUGAUUUUGACAAUAGGAAUUUGGGCAGAUGAAACCAGCUUAUGUUAGGAAGAAGCUCAUCCGGAAUAAUGCUCAAGGUGAGCUAGUGUUUCUCAGCCCCUACUCCAAAUCAGCUGGUCAUAGAUUUAGUUGGAUUUGGCUGUUGGUAUUUUUGUGAACUAUCUUAUCUGUAGUGUCAAUUAUUUUGCCUUUUUAAGUGAUACUGUGUAGUGGAAGCAAGCAGCAAUAAUAAUAUCUCUGGUGGUAAUAAAUAAAAAUAGAACUUUAAGACCAA